CUUCAACAUUUACACUCAUUUAUCCCGCCGCGACAGCAAUGCAGCUGUACACGGUCCUGACCCUGGCGCUGUCCCUUGUCGGCGUAAGCCAUGGCAUGCAGACGACUCCCCGCUUGAUGGCUGGGUACGAAAAAUUCGUCCAAAGGGCAAGUCAAAACGGCGCACAAUCGAAGCUCCUCUUCAAUGCCUCGCAGCAGGCCGUCUUCAGCAGCUUGAUCGCAUCACAGAAGCCGGCGACCGCUGAUGACGACGAUGCCGCUCCGACGUACCCCGACAUCGUCCUCGGCAACGUAACGCAGCCCAUCGAUCACUUUGGUGACGGUGUCAAUGGGGCUAAGUUCCAGCAGCGCUACUGGUAUCACCUGCGCUACUACAAGCCUCCGUCGCAAAGAUCUGCCAACUCGACCGUACCGAUUUUCAUCCUCGACAGCGGCGAAUCGGACGGGACGCCCCGCCUCCCCUAUCUCGACCAUGGCAUCAUCGACAUUCUCGCAAAUGCCACGGGUGGCAUUCCGGUUGUUCUUGAACACCGCUACUACGGCGCUUCGCUGCCCAACCGAACUGAUUUCGGGCCUGGCGAGACCUGGACGACAGACGAGCUGCGCUGGCUCAACAACAAGCAGGCCCUUGAGGACAGCGCUCAAUUUGUCAAGAAGAUGAAGUUUGACGGUGUCGAUGAGGACCUCACCGCACCAAAGACACCAGUUAUCUACUAUGGAGGGUCUUACGCCGGGGCUCGAGCUGCACACAUGAGAGUCGUCUACCCAGACCUCAUCUACGGAUCCAUUGCCUCUUCAGGUGUCGUGGCGGCGAUCGAAGAGUUCCCCUACCUCUAUUUCCCUACUUUCGCCGGUGCUCAGGUCGACUGCUCACAAGCCAUGGCUUCCGGUGUCGAAUGGAUGGACAAGAUCCUCGCCCCGGAACCGCACAAGGGCCGCCAUCAGCCCAAGCGUGACGCUGCAAAGACCAAACAGCUCCAGGCUCUCUUUGGGCUCGAGGAUCUUGCAGACCCUACCGACUUUGCAAACACCGUCUCGUAUCCAAUCGGAUCUUACCAGAGCCUUAAUUGGGAUCCUUCGGUCUCGACGCCCAUUUUUCCGGCUUUUUGCACCGCGCUGGUCGGACAUCCGUCGGGAUCCGUCGAUCCGGCGCCCCAGCGUAGGGCUCAGAGCAACAACACACUCGAUGCGCCACAGGUCGUCCUCAACUGGGCAGCCUACGUGAAAGAGACGGUGGUGGAUCCAUGCACCCAGGAUGGUACCUCAGUCGAAGAGUGCUUCUCCACUCAAGCUACGGUGGACCAGUACAAGAAUGCUACAGCUCUCGACGACGGCUUUUCUUGGACUUUCCAGUUCUGCACAACGUGGGGCUACUUCCAGACGGCCCCGCGCACACCUGACCCCGCUGCGGUGCCAUUUGACUUCACCGUAUCUGGACCCAAGGUCCUUUCUGCCCUCUUGGACCUCGACUACGUUUCUGAAAUCUGCCACAAGGGCUUUACUGAAGGCAAACACUUCAAAAUGCCCAAGCACCCCAACACGACCGAGGUGAACCGUCUGGGAGCUUUUUCAAUCGAGAUGGACCGGCUGGCAUUCAUCAAUGGACAAUCGCUGAUGGCGAGCGAUACAAACCCACAAGACGACCCAUGGAGGCCCGCCACGGUGCACAGCGAGCAGUUUGCGUACGGCGGAGCACGCCAGGACUCGCUGCUGAGACCCUUUAAGCUUAUUCCCAACUGCUGGCACCACUGCGACGAGAAUGGCAACAAGACCUUCGAAGCGCCCCGGAUCGCAAAGGUGCACGCCGAGACUGUUGACUUUGUCAAGUCUUGGCUUGGCGGGUUCGGGGUAAAGUAA